CUGAUAAUCAUUGAUGUUGCGUAUUUUCGUUUUCAAUUUCGAUUUUGAAACGUAAAUUUUACUCGAUUUUGUUAUAAAAUGUCUCUUGUUGCUUAUUGUGCCAGUGAUGACAGUGAAGACAGUGAUGCAGAGGAAACAAAAGAUAUUCAAGAUGAACCAAGUUCCGCAAAACCACAAAUUGUACCUUCAAAGGGCACUCAAAAUAUAGAAAAUGGAACAAUAUCUGACUCAGAUUCGGACAAUGAAGCCAGAAGUGGGAAUAAUUUGGAAGACAAUGCUCUCAAUAACAAAUUAAGGGCCUUACCUGAACCAAAGCACACAGACAUUGGAAAAGGGAUUCCAGAAACAGAUGUGCUAGAGGAGGAGGUCAAACCUAAAGCAGCUGAGCUGGCUGAUGCCCCUAAACCUCCCCCGAAGAAGCCCAAGCAACCAGUCAGGAUAACUAUCCCAGCACUAAAUCCAGAUUCAGAUGAGGAAGAUGGACCAUCGAUUAAACGUGCAAAAACAAGUAAUAGUAAACAGGGGAAAAGUGGCCUGUUUGCCUUACUGCCCCCUCCUCAGCAUGCCAGCAUUAAAGAAACAAACAGGGCUUUAAUUCCUCACACACUGACAAAGAAGCAGCCAGCAGCCCCAGCCCCCAAACCCUCCACCCAGCCCUCCAAAAAAGAAGUUGUGGGCCCAGCAAAGCCUGGCCAAGAAGACAGUGAUAGUGAUGGGGAGGAUCAACCCUCAAAUUUCUUUUCUUUUGGAGAUAAUGAUACCCAUACAGUGUCUGGGCUUUCAUCAAAGAAACUGUCACUUCCUCCCCCCAUGGUGGCAAGUGAACAUUUGGUUUCAGGGGUUGUGAGGCCAUCAGUGAAUGUGUCUCAGGACUUGGCGGGGGGAUCUGUUCUGGGGAGAAGUGUUGACCUACAGAGUGGAGUGUUACAGUUCCGGGCCUCUUAUUCCUCUACACAAGGAGUCUAUCAGCCUCACAUUGCGGGACCUAUUCCCAUGGAAACUUCUAUGGCAGCAGCAGAGAUUGAACAAGGAUCGGAUGAGACUGAGAGACAGAGUGCUCCGACUGUACCUACAGAUGAGGACGAGUUCCAGCAACUGUUACAGAGUGACGAGUUCCUCAGGAUGCAAGGCAAAAAGCAUAGGGGAAAGGAAUCUAUCAAUAUUGUUGAUGUGAAUGCCGAUGACUUCAUUUGUACCGUGGAUGUACACAAAUCAAUGACAGAGGAACAGCCUGAGAGAAUGACUCACAAGAAGGGAGAUGGACCAUCCUCUCAACAGAAGAGAAAACAUCAAAUCACUUACCUAGCUCAUCAGGCAAAGGAACGAGAGAUUGAACUAAAGAAUGAAUGGUCAAACAACAGAAUGUCAAGAAAACAGACUCAAGCCAAGUAUGGGUUCUGAAAACAACAAUGAAAAUGAAUACCCACUCUGUUCUCUGUGUUGUGACUUGUACACAGUCAUGUAUUCAGGGUGAACAGAUCCUGGGGUGAAUUAACAACUUUAUAACAUGUUCAUAACGUGGCAGCAAUACAGGAGAAUUUUUCAGAAUAUAAGUCACGAGACAGCAUCUUUGUGCUUUGAAUGCAUUUUAUAUAUCAUUUGUUUAUGUAAAGAUAAAAUAAAAAUUAUUUAAAUAACUUA